GGGGGAGGAGUCUGGGUGCUGAGAAAAGUUUGUGGGGAAAGUUGAUCCGAGGAGCCGGGCGGUGGCUGGGACAGCCCGACCUGAUUUUUCCACCGCUCUCCUUAUGGCCUGACGCUGACAGAGGCAAAAAUCUGCUAACUCAGGGGGCAGACUCAACCAGGGUUGUGAGGAGGCCUGGGGAAUGAGCCCCUGAUCUCCAAAACGUACCUUCCACGGCUGCACGGCCAUCUCCAGCUUUCUCUGCCACCCAUGGCUCUUGGCCCAGGCUCUGUCCCUGUCUAGUCACUUCCCUUGUGACAAAUGGGUCCUCUGUCUCCUGCCAGGACCAUGAGGCUCUGGAGGCCUCGGAGCCUAGGGGUGGCUCUGGGAGUCUUCAUGACCAUUGGAUUUGGCCUCCAGCUCUUAGGGGGACCAUUUCAGAGGAGGUUACCUGGGCUGCAGCUCCGACAGUCCUGGAUCCCUUCAUUGGGACCAACUGCUAAGUCUUGCCUACCCCGACAGCGGCUUGUAUUCUUGAAGACACACAAAUCUGGGAGCAGUUCCGUGCUCAGUCUCCUUCAUCGUUACGGGGACCAGCAAGGGCUACGUUUUGCCCUGCCUGCCCACUACCAGUUUGGCUACCCAAAGCUUUUCCAGGCCUCUAAGGUCAAAGGUUACCACCCCCAGAGUUCAGAUACCAAGAAGCCUUUCCAUAUCCUCUGUCACCACAUGAGAUUCAACCUGAAAGAGGUACUUCAGGUCAUGCCUUCUGACAGCUUCUUCUUUUCCAUUGUCCGAGAUCCAGCGGCUCUAGCACGCUCUGCCUUCUCCUAUUAUAAGUCAACCUCAUCGGCCUUCCGAAAGGCACCAUCUUUGGCUGCCUUCUUGUCCAAUCCUCGAGCCUUCUACAGACCCGGGGGCCGUGGCAACCACUAUGCCCGCAACUUACUAUGGUUCGACUUUGGUUUGCCCUUCCCCCCAGAGACGAGAGUGAGUCCACAUCUACCCAGAGACCCCAAUCCCCUCCAGUUACAUAUUGUGCCUUCUAGUGCUGGCCUUGGAACUCUCUUCCAGCCUGUGACCACAGUUGCUAAUAGUCAUGAACAGCCAGCCAGCUUUGUUUCUUCAGACUUUGGGCCCUCAUCUUUUAUCCAGUGGGGUUUGGCCUGGUUAGACUCAGUCUUUGACUUGGUCAUGGUGGCCGAAUACUUUGACGAGUCAUUGGUUCUGUUGGCAGAUGCCCUGUGCUGGGGUCUGGAUGAUGUAGUGGGCUUCAUGCACAAUGCUCAGGCCGGAAGUGAGCAGAGGCUCAGUGCUGCCAAUAAGAGUGUGGUGAACGAAGAGCAGCAGCUGACUGCACGGGCCCGAGCGUGGAAUAACCUAGACUGGGCUCUGUAUAAUCACUUCAACCGUAGUCUGUGGGCACGGAUAGAACAAUAUGGCCAGAGACGACUGCAACGUGCUGUGGCUGAGCUCCGUGCUCGAAGAGAAGCUCUGGCUAAACGUUGCCUGAUGGGAGGUGAGGCUUUAGACCCCAAAUACAUCACCGAUGUAAGGCUCCGUCCGUUCCAGUUUGGUUCAGCUAAGGUUUUGGGCUAUGUACUUCAGAGUGGACUGAGCCAGAAAGAUCAAGAGGAAUGUGAACGCUUGGCUACCCCUGAGCUACAGUACAAAGACAAACUUGAUGCCAAGCAGUUUCCCCCUACAGUCUCCCUGCCUCUCAAGACAUCAAGGAUACUGUCCCCAUAGGUAUUGGAUUACAAAUUAGACACAAGAUGCAUCUUCGCUUCCCUCAGAAGGAAGAGGAAGUUUGCUCUAAGGUGAGACUGGAGUUGUCUGGCUUUUCUGUAGGAAUUCCAGCAACAUCUGCUCCCCCACCCCCAGAUGCCCACUUUGUUUCUUCCAGCCUCAAAGUAGAUUUAUGUAGCAGUUCCCCCAAAGCCCCCUGGAGGGGCAAAGGAGUGAGCCAGAGAAAGUUUAGGAUAUGGUAUAUCCAUUUCUCUAUGAAAUAUUUGUUGGGGAGCUGUGUUGAUUUCACUGUGAAAAUAUUUGUUGGAUGAAUAAAUGAUAUGAAACGUUUA